AUGGCCGACAGAAAGCCGAAACGGGUCGGAAUCAUCGGCUAUGGCCAUAUCGGGCAAUUCCUAAAAAUCGAAUUGGCCAAACGAAAGGAAUUCGUGGUCCAAAGGAUUUGGAAUCGGACCGAAGACGAGAAGGAAAACGUCUUGCCGCUAACGGAGUUGACAGCCGAGCGAUUGGAGGACAUUGAUUUAGUCAUCGAAGUGGCACAUCCAACAAUUGUGGAGAAUUAUGGCGGGCUUAUUCUUCGGCAUGCCGAUUUUUUCGUGAGUUUUUAAAAGUCUUUAGAAAGUAAUUUAAAAAUUUCAAUUUUUUUGAAAUUGAAAAUUAAAAAAAAAAAAAUUGUUUGCAUUUUGCACAGUGCGAUAAUUUUUUUUUAAUUUUUGCACGUUCGAAGGGUAAAAUACGGUGUCUGUUACAGUUUCUUUCGAAAAAAGAUUUGUUAAUUUUGAAUGAAAAAAAGAAUUUUUUUGUUUGUAACUUUAUACUACGUAUAUCAGAAAUAAAAAACAAUAUUUUUUGCAAUGCGCAUUUUCUAAAAAUUUUGCGAUUUUUAAAAUACGGUUAUUACAUUCUUUAUGAUGGUCUUCAAGGACGUAUUUUACAAAUAAUCUUUGCGGCAAACUUUGGAUUUUCAGAUUGGCUCACCUACGGCGUUGGCUGACAAAACUUUGUUUGAUACAUUACAAGGCUUGCUGAAAGUUCAUCCAGAUCGUGCAGUAUUCGUUCCCUCGGGAGCUUUUUGGGGGUCGAAUGAUGUGAAAAAGAUGGCCGAUCUUGGAACUUUAAAGGUAACGGAAAUAAAAAACAAAAAAAAAAAUUUUUUUAAAAUAUUAUUUAUUAAUAAAAGUUUUUUAUUAUUAAAAGCCAUAAAAAAUCUUUUUUUAUCUAAAUUUGUUUUAUGAUUAAAAAAAACUUUUUAACCAAAAAAAUCCCAAAAAAAAGUAUUUUAGGAGCUCCAAAUCACCAUGAUCAAGCACCCCGACAGCUUCAAAGUUCUCGGUAAAUUAAACGAGCUUAAUAAUCACGCAAAGGAGUCCAAUUCCCCUAUGGUCUUAUACGAGGGGCCUGUCCGACUUCUAUGCCCUCUGGCUCCGAAUAAUGUGAACACAAUGGCAGGUGCCGCCAUUGCCGCUCAUAACCUCGGGUUUGACCGGACCAUGGCCAAGCUAAUUGCUGAUCCAGCACUCAGGGAUUGGCAUAUCGUGGAGUAUGAGUUAAAGGUAGGAAUAUGACUUUAUGGGCGAGAUUUAGAAGGAAUCUGGUUACUGUAAUAUUAUAUAUAUUAGUCUUCCAAGCCUUCCGAAAAAGGAUUUGGCCAAGCCAAGAUAGAGCCUUCAAGAGCACUUAUUUUUCGACGUUCUAGGGGUCUUUUUUGCCUUUCGGAAUAUGCUAUGCAGGCGUUUUUUUGCAACGAAAAUCACUCUAUUAUAAGGUUGUCCCUUGAGCACCCUAAAAUUGCUCGCUGUAGACAGGUUUACAGGGUAAGUAUCCCAAAGUGCGACACUCAGAUUUUGAUGAAAAUUGACGCAAAUUUAGAAUAAUUUUCUCUAGGAUCUAUGGGGGGAAUUCUAGAUUGCGCUUCGCAGAAACAACGGAGAUCUUGUUAGAUCAAAAGUAGGCAAAAAUUUGGUACUUUUUGCCGAGUUCCGGCACAAAACAUACUUAUUUCUACCAUAGAGGGUAAUUUUCUCACAAAAAAUCAAUUUUUUCCGCACGAGACUGUCAAAGCUAUGACAAAAAAUGUUUUUUUUUCUCUGACAGCUCUCAUGUUUAACGUACUCUCUCGACGGUAAUUGCACAGCGCGUGCGAAAACUUCCAGGAAUUGAUAUCUCAUUUAUGCCCGUCGUGUGUGCAAAAUUAAAAAAUAUAUAAGCGUCUCACUUGAGGCACUUCCCUUGUUCUGCAACUGCAACCACGAAAAGAAUUCAACGCACUUAGUACUUCCCAGUACAAGUGUUUAACUUUAGUUUCAUUAUUUUCGUUUUUCUACAUUUUAUAUUAGAACUAAUUUACCACGAUGUAUUUUACAGGGAGAAAAUGGCUUUUGCACGAAACUCCGGAGAGAAAAUCCGGCGAAACGGGGUGCUGUCACUGGAGAUUUCACUUACUUUUCGUUCCUAAGCAGUGUUAUUGGUAAGGAUUUUAAAAAUUUAUUCGAAGAUACACAUGAAAGGUAUUUUACAAUUAUUUUUUUUCAGAAACCCUCUACAAACCUCCGGGCUUCAACAUUUGCUAG